AUGGCGACCGAUAAAUCCAUCCCACGGGAGGACAAGGGCCGCUGUCUAUGCGGCGCCGUGACCUUCACCGUGGUUGGUGAGCCGAUCUACAAUGUGGUCUGCCACUGCGAGAACUGCCGCAAGCUCUCCGCACUCACGCCGCUCAACGACGAUAUCGUCAGCAUCCCCGCCGGAAUCCUAGCGUCCGGAAACUCGGGACUUGGCAUCAUCGCCCAAGCAGAGGGGGACAGAAUGAUACAGAAGCGGUGGACACCGCAUAAAGAGCAGUUCUGUCGGGACAAGGCGGCUUGGAUGGGUGACUUGGCUGAUCAUGUUGGGCAGGAGAGAUUUGUUAGGGGGCCAUUUUCGGAGAAGGUGGGGGAAGAGCAGCAGCAGCAAGGAGGAGAGCACGGAGGAGGCGGCAAGUUGUAA